CCGGCGGCGAGUUUGAGAGGAUGUCGUCGGAGGAGGACCGGAGCGCGGAGCAGCAGCAGCCGCCGCCAGCACCCCCCGAGGAGCCCGGAGCCCCGGCCCCGAGCCCCGCAGCCGCAGACAAAAGACCUCGGGGCCGGCCUCGCAAAGAUGGCGCUUCCCCUUUCCAGAGAGCCAGAAAGAAGCCUCGAAGUAGAGGAAAAUCUACAGUGGAAGAUGAGGACAGCAUGGAUGGACUGGAGACAACAGAAGCAGAAAAUAUUGUGGAAACAGCAGAAAUCAAAGAACAGUCUGUGGAAGAGGACGCUGAAGCAGAAGUGGAUAGCAACAAACAGCCAGUCUCAGCUGUUCAGCGAUCUGUGACUGAGGAAUCUUCAAACUCCCUGGUCUCUGUUGGUGUAGAAGCCAAAAUCAGUGAACAACUCUGUGCUUUUUGUUAUUGUGGGGAGAAAAGUUCCUUAGGACAAGGAGACUUAAAACAAUUCAGAGUAACACCUGGACUUAUCUUACCCUGGAAAGAUCAACUUUGUAACAAGAGCAUCGAUGACAACAGCAGCGAGACCUGUGAGAAAAUACAGAACUCAGCUCCACAAAAGCAAAGAGGAAAGAGAAAAGAACGAUCUCCCCAGCAGAAUGUAGUUUCUUGUGUAAGUGUAAGCACCCAGACAUCUUCUGAGGACCAGGCUGGCAAGUUAUGGGAUGAACUCAGUCUGGUUGGCCUUCCAGAUGCCCUUGAUGUCCAAGCUUUAUUUGAUUCUACAGGCACUUGCUGGGCUCAUCAUCGAUGUGUGGAGUGGUCACUGGGAAUAUGCCAAAUGGAAGAACCAUUAUUAGUGAAUGUGGACAAAGCUGUUGUCUCAGGGAGCACAGAACGAUGUGCAUUUUGCAAACAUCUUGGAGCCACUAUCAAAUGCUGUGAAGAGAAAUGUACCCAGAUGUACCAUUACCCAUGUGCUGCAGGGGCUGGCACCUUUCAGGACUUUAGCCACUUCUUUCUUCUCUGUCCAGAACACAUUGACCAAGCUCCUGAAAGAUCAAAGGAAGAUGCAAACUGUGCAGUGUGUGACAGCCCAGGAGAUCUCUUAGAUCAAUUCUUUUGUACUACGUGUGGUCAGCACUACCAUGGGAUGUGCCUGGAUAUAGCUGUUACUCCAUUAAAACGUGCGGGUUGGCAGUGUCCAGAGUGCAAAGUGUGCCAGAACUGCAAGCAAUCGGGAGAAGAUAGCAAAAUGCUGGUCUGUGAUACAUGUGACAAAGGGUAUCAUACCUUUUGUCUUCAACCUGUUAUAUCAGUACCAACCAAUGGCUGGAAAUGCAAAAAUUGCAGAAUAUGUAUAGAGUGUGGUACACGAUCUAGUGCACAGUGGCACCACAACUGUCUGAUAUGUGACACUUGUUAUCAACAGCAGGAUAAUUUAUGUCCUUUUUGUGGAAAGUGCUACAAUCCUGAAAUGCAGAAAGAUAUGCUCCAUUGUAAUAUGUGUAAAAGAUGGAUUCACUUAGAAUGUGAUAAACCAACCAAUCAUGAAUUGGAUUCUCAGCCCAAAGAAGAAUAUAUCUGUAUGUAUUGUAAACACCUAGGAGCUGAGAUAGAUUCCUUACAUCCAGAAAAUGAAUUAGAGAUGUCUGAACUACCUACAGAUUAUUCCACUGGAAUGGAAAUAGAAGAUCAAGUUGUAUUUCUGGAGCCAGCAGUUAAUAAAGAUGUCAAUGAUCACCAACCCACCCCUGGAAUUGUUCCUGAUGAAGUUCAAGUAUAUAUUGAAGAUCUCCAGAAAAGUAAUUCACCAGAAAGCCUUGACACAGGUGGCCUCCUCACUUCUGAAUCAUCUGACAAUAAAAUGAAACCUGAAUUGGUAAAUGAGAUUUCUCAGGAAAUUGAGAGUGAAAAAAUGGAAACUCUUUCUAAAGGGGUGCAUGUUUGCGAGGAGGAGGAAAAUGAAGACAGAAUGGAAGUGACAGAAAAUAUUGAAGUCCUUCCACACCAGACCAUUGUGCCACAAGAAGAACUGCAGUUGUCAGAGGAACCUGAGGCAGUAUCUAAAGAAGAACCAAGCCCUUUACAAUCAGCUGCCGAGUUCGCUGCACCAGAAGCCUUACUGUCCCCACACAGCGAGAGUUCCUCAUCUUGUAAGGAAACGUUUGUGAUAGAAAGAGUACAAGACCAAAUGGAGCAGAAGGAAAAUUCUGAAUUCCCCACUGGGUGUGUGGAUUUUGAAAUGACUCUUGCUGUUGACAAUUGUGUCAAAGAUGGUUCAUGCCAAGGAGAGAAAUCUGUAAAGUUAGCAGCUGAGGAGGAAUCAUCCUUCUCAUCAGCAGCUGACCUGAGCAAAGCAGACAUGUCUUCCUCCUCAACAGUUUGUUUAGACUUGCCUUCAUGCGACAUGCUGCAUGGUUACCCUUCAGCUCUGAACUCUGCUGCUGGAAACAUGCCAACCACAUACAUCUCAGUCACUCCAAAAAUUGGCAUGGGUAAACCAGCUAUUACCAAAAGAAAAUUUUCUCCUGGAAGACCUCGGUCUAAACAGGGGGCUUGGAGUAACCAUAAUACAGUGAGCCCACCUUCCUGGUCCCCAGAAAUUUCAGAAGGCCGGGAAAUUUUUAAACCCAGGCAGCUUUCUGGCAGUGCCAUUUGGAGCAUCAAAGUGGGCCGAGGGUCUGGAUUCCCAGGGAAGCGGAGACCUCGUGGUGCAGGGCUGUCAGGACGAGGUGGCAGAGGCAGGUCUAAACUAAAGAGUGGAAUCGGAACUGUUGUAUUACCUGGGGUGUCUGCUGCAGAUACUUCAUCAAAUAAAGAUGAAGAAGAAAACUCUAUGCACAAUACCGUUGUGUUGUUUUCUAGUAGUGACAAGUUCACUUUGCAUCAGGAUAUGUGUGUAGUUUGUGGAAGUUUCGGCCAAGGAGCAGAAGGAAGAUUACUUGCCUGUUCACAGUGUGGUCAGUGUUACCAUCCGUAUUGUGUCAGUAUUAAGAUCAGUAAAGUGGUUCUUAGCAAAGGUUGGAGAUGUCUUGAGUGCACAGUGUGUGAGGCCUGUGGGAAGGCAACUGACCCAGGAAGACUCUUGCUGUGUGAUGACUGUGACAUAAGCUAUCAUACCUACUGCCUAGACCCUCCAUUGCAGACAGUUCCCAAAGGAGGCUGGAAAUGCAAAUGGUGUGUUUGGUGCAGACACUGUGGAGCAACAUCUGCAGGUCUGAGAUGUGAGUGGCAAAACAAUUACACACAGUGUGCUCCUUGUGCCAGCUUGUCCUCCUGCCCCAUCUGCUAUCGGAAUUACAGAGAAGAAGACCUCAUUCUGCAGUGUAGACAAUGUGAUAGGUGGAUGCAUGCAGUUUGUCAAAACUUAAAUACUGAGGAGGAAGUGGAAAAUGUAGCAGACAUUGGUUUUGAUUGUAGCAUGUGCAGACCCUAUAUGCCUGCAUCAAAUGUGCCUUCCUCAGACUGCUGUGACUCUUCGCUUGUGGCACAAAUUGUCACAAAAGUAAAAGAGCUAGAUCCACCUAAGACCUAUACCCAGGAUGGUGUGUGUUUGACUGAAUCAGGGAUGACUCAGUUACAGAGCCUCACCGUUACAGUUCCAAGAAGAAAACGGACUAAACCAAAAUUGAAAUUGAAGAUUAUAAAUCAGAAUAGUGUGGCUGUCCUUCAGACCCCUCCAGACAUCCAAUCAGAGCAUUCAAGAGAUGGUGAAAUGGAUGAUAGUCGAGAAGGAGAACUUAUGGAUUGCGAUGGAAAAUCAGAAUCUAGUCCUGAGAGGGAAGCUGUGGAUGAUGAAACCAAGGGAAUAGAAGGAACAGAUGGCAUAAAAAAGAGGAAAAGAAAACCUUACAGACCAGGUAUUGGUGGAUUUAUGGUACGGCAAAGAAGUCGAACAGGACAAGGAAAAGCCAAAAGAUCUCUGAUCAGAAAAGAUUCUUCAGGCUCUAUAUCUGAGCACUUACCUAGCAGAGAUGAUGGCUGGAGUGAGCAGUUACCAGAUACUCUAGUUGAUGAGCCUGUUUCUGUUGCUGAAAGCACUGAAAAAAUAAAGAAGAGGUACCGAAAAAGGAAAAAUAAGCUUGAAGAAACCUUUCCUGCUUAUUUACAAGAAGCAUUUUUUGGAAAAGAUCUUCUAGAUACCAGCAGACAAAACAAGCCGAGUUUAGAUAAUCUAUCAGAAGAUGCAGCUCAGCUUUCAUAUAAAACAGGUUUCUUGGAUACUUCCUCAGAUCCGCUACUGAGUUCAUCUUCUGCUUCAGCAAAACCUGGAACUCAGGAUAUUGGCCCCAUUGCUGAUGAUGCUUCCUCUUUGCCUCAGCCAAGUGUCAGUCAGAGUUCACGACCGCUAAGUGAAGAGCAGCUAGAUGGGAUCCUCAGUCCUGAGCUAGACAAAAUGGUCACAGAUGGAGCAAUUCUUGGAAAGUUAUAUAAAAUUCCAGAGCUUGGAGGAAAGGAUGUUGAAGACUUGUUUACUGCUGUACUUAGUCCUACCACUCAGCCAGGUGCAUUACCACAGCCUCCUCAUCCACCGCAGCUAUUGCCAAUGCACAAUCAGGAUGUUUUUUCCCGCAUGCCGCUCAUGAAUGGCCUUAUUGGACCCAGUUCUCAUCUUUCACAUAAUUCUCUGCCUCCUGGAAGUGGAUUGGGGACUUUCCCUGCUGUAGCACAAUCCCCUUAUACUGAUGUCAGAGACAAAAGUCCAGCAUUUAAUGCAAUUGCAAGUGAUCCUAACAGCUCCUGGGCACCAACAGCUCCCCCUAUGGAAGGAGAAAAUGAUACCAUGUCAAAUGCCCAGAGGAGCACACUGAAGUGGGAGAAGGAGGAGGCUCUUGGUGAGAUGGCAACAGUAGCACCAGUUCUCUACACAAACAUUAACUUCCCUAAUUUAAAGGAAGAAUUCCCAGAUUGGACUACUCGAGUGAAACAGAUUGCCAAGCUGUGGAGAAAAGCCAGCUCCCAGGAAAGAGCACCAUAUGUGCAAAAAGCCAGAGAUAACAGAGCUGCUUUACGCAUUAAUAAAGUUCAGAUGUCAAAUGAUUCUAUGAAAAGGCAACAACAGCAAGACAGUAUCGAUCCCAGCUCCCGCAUCGAUUCGGAUCUUUUUAAAGAUCCUUUAAAGCAAAGAGAAUCGGAGCAUGAGCAGGAAUGGAAAUUUAGACAGCAAAUGCGUCAGAAAAGUAAGCAACAAGCCAAAAUUGAAGCCACACAGAAGCUGGAACAGGUAAAAAAUGAGCAGCAGCAGCAACAGCAGCAACUACAGCAACAGCAGCAGCAGCAACUUGGUUCUCAGCACCUUCUAAUACCUUCUGGUUCAGAUACUCCAAGUAGUGGAGCACAGAGUCCCUUGACACCUCAGCCUGGCAAUGGAAAUGCAUCUCCUGCACAGACAUUCCAUAAAGACCUAUUCUCCAAACACCUACCCAGUGCCCCUACUUCCACACCUUCAGAUGAUGUGUUUGUCAAACCACAACCUCCACCCCCUCCUUCAACCCCAUCCCGAAUACCCAUUCAGGAAUGUCUUUCUCAGUCCCAGAAUUCUCAGCCACCUUCUCCACAGAUGUUCUCACCCGGAUCAUCUCACUCCAGGCCACCUUCUCCAGUGGAUCCUUAUGCAAAAAUGGUUGGUACUCCUAGACCGCCUCCUGGGGGGCAUAGUUUUCCCAGAAGAAGUACUGUUACACCAGUGGAAAACUGUAUGCCUCUGUCUUCAGUAUCUAGGUCCAUUCAGAUGAAUGAAACAUCAGCCACUAGGCCAUCCCCAGCCAGAGAUUUAUGUGCUUCCUCCAUGACAAACAGUGACCCCUAUGCAAAGCCUCCAGAUACACCUAGGCCCGUGUUGACAGAUCAGUGUCCCAAACCUUUUAGCCUUCCUAGAUCCCCUGUGAUUUCAGAACAAACUACAAAAGGUCCUCUAGCACCUGGAACCAGUGAUCACUUUACUAAACCAUCUCCUAGAGCAGAUGCCUUUCAAAGGCAACGGCUACCUGACCCAUAUCCACGACCAUUGCUGACACCUGCUCCACUGGAUAAUGGGCCUUUUAAGACGCCACUGCACCCUCCUCCAUCUCAGGAUCCAUAUGGAUCUGUGUCACAGGCAUCAAGACGACUCUCUAUUGACCCUUAUGAAAGGCCUGCCUUGACUCCAAGGCCUGUAGAUAAUUUUUCUCAUAGUCAGUCAAAUGAUCCAUAUAGCCAGCCUCCCCUAACUCCACACCCAGCAAUGAGUGAAUCUUUUACUCAUUCUUCAAGGGCUUUUUCUCAGCCUGGAACCAUGUCAAGGUCAGCAUCUCAGGACCCAUACUCACAAGCCCCAGGAACUCCACGCCCUGGUAUCGAUUCUUAUUCUCAAACCUCAGGAACUCCUCGAUCCAAUCCAGACCCUUAUUCUCAACCUCCUGGUACUCCCCGACCUAACACUAUUGAUCCAUAUAGUCAGCAGCCACCAACUCCCAGGCCUUCUCCACAGACAGACAUGUUUGUUACAUCUGCGGUAAAUCAGAGACACACUGAUCCAUAUGGUCAUCAUCUUGGAACAUCAAGACCUGGGAUUUCAGUUGCCUAUACUCAGCCACCAGCAACACCAAGGCCAAGAACUUCAGAGGGUUUUACUAGGUCCUCCAGUGUAAGACCAGCCCUCAUGCCAAACCAGGAUCCUUUUUUGCAAGCAGCACAAAACCGAGUACCAGGUUUACCUGGCCCUUUGGUCAGGCCACCUGAUAUGUGCUCCCAUUCACCCAGGCCACCUGCGCCUGGCCUUACAGACACAUUCAGCCGUGCUUCCCCAUCUGCUGCUCGUGAUCCCUACGAUCAGCCUCCAAUGACUCCCAGACCUCAGUCUGACUCUUUCGGAACUAGUCAAGUUGUCCAUGAUCUUGUUGACCGUCCAGGUCCUGGGUCAGAGGGAAACUUCAGCACUUCUUCAAACCUUGCUGUAAGCUCCCAAGGACAGCAGGUCUCCAGUGUCUCCCAGCUUCCUGGACCUGUGCCAACUGCAGGAGGCACUGAUACCCAGAACACUGUGACUAUGUCUCAAGCUGACACAGAGAAACUGAGACAGCGGCAGAAGCUGCGUGAAAUCAUUCUUCAGCAACAACAGCAGAAGAAGAUUGCUAGUCGCCAGGAGAAGGGGCCUCAGGAUACACCAGUAGUACCUCAUCCAGUGCCCCUUCCACACUGGCAGCCAGAGAGCAUCAACCAGGCUUUCACUCGACCUCCACCUCCCUAUCCCGGGAACAUUCGAUCACCUGUUAUCCCUCCACUAGGACCUAGAUAUUCAGUUUUUCCCAAAGAUCAACGUGGACCCUAUCCUCCUGAGGUUGCUGGUAUGGGGAUAAGACCACAUGGAUAUAGAUUUGGAUUUCCAGGACCUGGCCAUGGUCCCAUACCAAGCCAAGAUCGCUUCCAUGUGCCUCCUCAACAAAUACAGGGAUCUGGGAUUCCUCCACACAUAAGAAGAUCAAUGUCUAUGGAAAUGCCUAGACCUUCAAAUAAUCCACCAAUAAACAAUCCAGUUGGGCUUCCUCAGCAUUUUUCACCACAGGGCCUGCCAGUUCCGCAGCAUAACAUACUAGGCCAAGCAUUUAUUGAAUUGAGGCAUAGAGCUCCUGAAGGAAGGUCGCGGUUGCCAUUUGCUGCUUCUCCUGGCAGUAUUAUAGAGUCACCUUCUCAUCCCAGACAUGGAAAUUUUAUUCCCCGACCUGAUUUUCCAGGCCCUAGGCACACAGACCCUAUGAGACGACCUCCUCAGUGUCUACCUAAUCAGCUACCUGUGCAUACAAAUUUAGAGCAGGUCCCACCAUCUCAAGAGCAAGGUCAUCCUGCUCACCAAUCUUCUAUUGUCAUGAGGCCUCUAAGUCAUCCCUUAGGUGGUGAAUUUUCUGAGGUUCCUUUGUCUGCAUCUACUCCAGCUGAAACAACACCCGAUGCCCUGCAGAUAGCCAGUCAACCCUCUGAUGGUCUGGAGGAGAAGCUAGACUCUGAUGAUCCUUCUGUGAAAGAACUGGAUGUGAAGGACCUUGAGGGAGUUGAGGUCAAAGACUUGGAUGAUGAAGAUCUAGAAAAUUUAAAUUUAGACACAGAGGAUGGCAAGGGCGAUGACCUGGACACUUUAGGUAAUUUGGAAACAAAUGAUCCUAACCUGGAUGACCUCCUAAGGUCAGGGGAAUUUGAUAUCAUUGCUUACACGGAUCCAGAACUUGACUUAGGGGAUAAAAAAAGCAUGUUCAAUGAGGAAUUAGAUCUUAAUGUUCCAAUUGAUGAUAAGCUAGAAAAUCAGGCUGUAUCAGUUGAACCAAAAAAAAGGGAUCAAGAAGAAAAAACUAUGGUUCUCAGUGAUAACGAUUUGCCACAGAAAAAAUCCACUGGUAACAGUGAGAUAAAGACAGAAAUCCUAUCUCCACACCCUAAAGAAGAAACAACAAAUGAAAUGAAGAAAAGUGAUGACAAUAAAGGUGAUGCCGACACUCUGUGCUCACAGGCUUCUUCGCAUACAGACCGGAGUGAGAGGGAAAAGACUCCUUUGCUGCCCACUGAUCCAGACAUGCUUGAGAAAAGAAACAAUCGGGAAAAUGCUGGCUCUGGUAUCAGUGCUGUUCAAGGGUCCACUCCUCUGCCUGCUCGGGAUGUGAUGAACUCUUGUGAUAUAACUGGAUCAACUCCAGUCCUUUCAAGUUUACUUUCUAAUGAGAAAUGUGAUAAUUCAGACAUUAGGCCUUUGGGGUCUUCCCCACCAACUCUGCCAAUUUCACCACCCACUCAUGGGUCAAGUUUGCCUCCUGCUUUAAUAGUACCACCUGGCCCUCUUUUGGAUAAUGCCAUGAAUUCUAGUGUAACAGUGGUCCCUAGGGUAAACCAUGUUUUUUCUCAGGGUGUGCCAGUAAAUCCAGGAUUUAUUCAGGGUCAAUCAUCAGUGAACCAUAAUUUAGGGACAGGGAAACCUACAAAUCAAACUGUGCCUCUCACAGAUCAGUCCAGCACCAGUGGCAUGCCUGGACCACAACAGCUAAUGCUUCCUCAGACAUUAGCCCAGCAGAACAGAGAGCGGCCCCUCCUUCUAGAGGAACAGCCUUUGCUUCUACAAGAUCUUUUGGACCAAGAGAGGCAGGAACAGCAGCAGCAAAGACAAAUGCAAGCCAUGAUUCGUCAGCGGUCAGAGCCAUUCUUCCCUAACAUUGAUUUUGAUGCAAUUACAGACCCAAUAAUGAAAGCCAAAAUGGUGGCUCUUAAAGGCAUAAAUAAAGUGAUGGCACAGAACAAUCUGGGCAUGCCACCAAUGGUAAUGAGCAGAUUUCCUUUCAUGGGCCCAUCAGUGGCUGGAACACAAAACAGUGAAGGCCAGAGCCUGGUGCCUCAAGCUGUAGCUCAGGAUGGCAGUAUAACACAUCAGAUUUCUAGGCCUAAUCCUCCAAAUUUUGGUCCAGGCUUUGUCAAUGAUUCUCAGCGUAAACAGUAUGAAGAGUGGCUGCAGGAGACUCAGCAGCUUCUUCAGAUGCAGCAGAAAUACCUUGAAGAACAAAUUGGUGCACACAGAAAAUCCAAGAAAGCUCUUUCAGCCAAACAGCGCACAGCCAAGAAGGCGGGGCGAGAGUUCCCGGAAGAAGAUGCAGAGCAGCUCAAACAUGUUACUGAGCAGCAGAGUAUGGUUCAGAAACAGCUCGAGCAGAUUCGUAAACAACAGAAAGAGCAUGCUGAAUUGAUUGAAGAUUAUCGAAUCAAACAGCAGCAACAACAACAGCAGCAACAGUGUACCCUAGCCCCUCCCAUCCUUAUGCCAGGGGUUCAGCCCCAGCCACCUCUUGUUCCAGGUGCCACUCCACACACCAUGAGCCAACCCACCUUCCCCAUGGUGCCACAGCAGCUUCAGCAUCAGCAGCACGCAGCAGUCAUCUCUGGCCAUUCCAGCCCUGCUAGAAUGCCCAGUUUACCUGGAUGGCAACAUAACAGUGCUCCUGCCCACCUCCCCCUUAACCCUCCUAGGAUUCAGCCCCCAAUUACCCAAUUACCUAUAAAAACUUGUGCACCUGCUCCAGGGGCAGUGUCAAGUGCAAAUCCACAGGGUGGACCACCACCUCGAGUGGAAUUUGAUGACAACAACCCUUUCAGUGAAAGCUUUCAAGAGCGGGAACGAAAGGAACGCUUACGAGAACAGCAAGAAAGGCAGCGAGUCCAACUGAUGCAAGAAGUAGAUAGACAGAGAGCUCUGCAGCAGAGAAUGGAGAUGGAGCAGCAUGGUCUGAUGAGUGCUGAGCUUGUCAACAGGACCCCUGUGUCCCAGAUGCCGUUCUACGCUUCUGAGAGACCCUGUGACUUUUUACAAUCCUCAAGACCCCUUCAGCAAUCUCCACAACACCAGCAGCAAAUGGGGCCAGUUUUACAGCAGCAGAAUGUUCAACAAGGGUCUGUUCAUUCACCCCCAAACCAAACUUUUAUGCAAACCAGUGAGCGAAGGCAAGUAGGACCUCCUUCCUUUGUUCCAGAUUCACCAUCUGCUCCUGGGGGGAGCCCAAACUUUCAUUCUGUUAAGCAAGGACCCGGAAGUCUUUCUGGGUCCAGCUUUCAGCAUUCCCCAUUGAGACCUCCAUUCCCACCAAUUUUAUCAGGAACACCUCCAGGCGCUAAUAGCAAUGUCCCAAGUGGCCAAGACCCUGCUGUAACCCAGGGCCAAAAUUAUCCAGGAUCAAGCCAGUCUCUCAUUCAGUUGUAUUCUGACAUAAUCCCAGAAGAAAAGGGGAAAAAGAAAAGAACAAGAAAAAAGAAAAAAGAUGAUGAUGCAGAAUCCACCAAAGCACCGUCAACCCCUCACUCAGACUCAACUGCUCCACUCACCCCAGGCAUCUCUGAAACUACCUGCACUCCUACAGUGAGCACACCCAGUGAGCUUCCUCAGCAUAGAGAACAAGAGGCAGCGGAGCCAGUUUGCCCACCCACUCCCAGUAUCGCAGCAGGUCAGCCCAGUAUAGAGUCAGAAAAUAAACUUCCAAGCAAUGAAUUCAUAAAGGGCACUCUAAAUCAACAGACACAUGUUAAUCCAGAUGCAGACAAGAACCCCAUGGAACCCCCCAGCAAAGCUGAAGAAGUAAAGCUGGAAAAGGUUGAGGCAGAGUCAUGCCCACGUCAGGAGGAGGCCCAUGUGGAAGAGAAAACUGGUAGUAAGAUUGAAGACACCAAGGCUGGUCCUGUCUCCUCAGUACAGUGUCCUUCCCAUUCUGCCGGAGCCCCUGUUACCAAAGGAGAUACAGGAAAUGAACUACUGAAACACUUGUUAAAAAAUAAAAAGGCCUCUUCCCUUCUCACCUCGAAACCUGAGGGCACUUUGUCUUCAGGGGACAGCUCUGCAAAGGAUGGUAAACUGGCUGAGAAGCAAAACCCAGCAGAAGGAUUGCAAACUUUGGGGGCUCAAAUGCAAGGUGGUUUUGGAGGUGGCAACAACCAGUUGCCAAAAUCAGAUGGAGGAAGUGAAACCAAGAAACAGCGAAGUAAACGGACUCAGAGGACUGGGGAGAAAGCAGCACCUCGCUCAAAGAAAAGGAAGAAGGAUGAAGAGGAAAAGCAGGCUGUGUAUUCCAGCUCUGACUCCUUCACCCACUUGAAACAGCAGCUCUCUCUGCUCCCUCUAAUGGAACCGAUCAUUGGAGUGAACUUUGCGCACUUUCUUCCUUAUGGCAGUGGCCAAUUUAAUAGUGGGACUCGACUUCUAGGAACUUUUGGCAGUGCCGCCCUUGAAGGGGUCUCAGACUACUAUUCUCAGUUGAUCUACAAGCAGAAUAAUUUAAGUAAUCCUCCAACACCCCCUGCCUCUCUUCCUCCUACACCACCUCCCAUGGCUUGCCAGAAGAUGGCAAAUGGUUUUGCAACGACUGAAGAACUUGCUGGAAAAGCUGGCGUGUUGGUGAGCCAUGAAGUUGCCAGAACUUUAGGACCGAAGCCAUUUCAGGUGCCUUUCAGACCUCAGGAUGACUUGCUGGCUCGAGCUAUUGCUCAAGGUCCGAAGACAGUGGAUGUUCCUGCCUCACUUCCAACACCACCUCAUAAUAAUCAUGAAGAAUUAAGGAUACAGGAUCACUAUGGUGAACGGGACACUCCUGACAGUUUUGUUCCUUCAUCUUCUCCUGAGAGUGUGGUUGGUAUGGAGGUGAACAGGUACCCAGAUCUGUCAUUGGUGAAGGAAGAGCCUCCGGAACCAGUGCCAUCCCCCAUCAUUCCAAUUCUUCCAAGCAUUUCUGGGAAAAGUUCAGAAUCAAGAAGAAAUGACAUCAAAACUGAGUCAGGCACUUUAUUUUUUACUUCACCUUUUGGUUCAUCCCCAAAUGGUCCCAGAUCUGGUCUUAUAUCUGUAGCAAUCACUCUGCAUCCUACAGCUGCUGAGAACAUUAGCAGUGUUGUGGCUGCGUUUUCCGACCUUCUUCACGUGAGAAUUCCUAACAGCUAUGAGGUUAGUAAUGCUCCAGAUGUUCCAUCCAUGGGUUUGGUCAGUAGCCACAGAGUAAACCCAGGUUUGGAGUAUCGACAGCAUUUGCUUCUUCGUGGGCCUCCACCAGGAUCUGCAAAUCCUCCCAGAUUAGCAAGCUCUUACCGGCUGAAGCAGCCUAAUGUACCAUUUCCUCCAACAAGCAAUGGUCUUUCUGGAUAUAAAGAUUCCAGUCAUGGUAUAGCAGAAAGUGCAUCACUCCGACCUCAGUGGUGUUGUCACUGCAAAGUGGUUAUUCUUGGUAGUGGUGUGCGGAAGUCUUUCAAAGAUCUGACCUUUGUGAACAAGGGUUCCCGAGAGAACACCAAAAGGAUGGAAAAGGAUAUUGUCUUUUGUAGUAAUAACUGCUUUAUUCUUUAUUCAUCAACUGCACAAGCAAAAAACCCAGAAAACAAGGAAUGCCUUCCUCCACUGCCACAGUCCCCUAUGAAGGAGCCUUCCAAAGCAUUUCACCAUUACAGCAACAACAUCUCCACUUUGGAUGUACACUGUCUCCCUCAGUUCCAGGAAAAAGCUUCCCCUCCUCCAUCAUCUCCCAUAACCUUCCCUCCAGCCUUUGAAGCAGCCAAAGUAGAGUCUAAACCUGAUGAGCUCAAGGUGACAGUCAAGUUAAAGCCUCGGCUGAGGACUGUUCAUGGUGGGCUUGAAGAUUGUAGACCACUAAAUAAAAAGUGGAGAGGAAUGAAGUGGAAGAAGUGGAGUAUUCACAUUGUCAUUCCCAAGGGGACCUUUAAACCACCUUGUGAGGAUGAAAUUGAUGAGUUUCUAAGGAAAUUGGGCACUUCUCUUAAACCUGAUCCUGUGCCCAAAGACUAUCGAAAGUGUUGCUUUUGUCAUGAAGAAGGUGAUGGGCUAACAGAUGGACCAGCAAGGCUGCUCAACCUUGACUUGGACCUGUGGGUCCACUUGAAUUGUGCUCUGUGGUCCACAGAGGUCUAUGAGACACAGGCUGGUGCCUUAAUAAAUGUCGAGCUAGCUCUGAGGAGAGGACUACAAAUGAAAUGUGUCUUCUGUCAUAAGACAGGUGCCACCAGUGGAUGUCACAGAUUUCGAUGCACCAACAUUUAUCAUUUUACUUGCGCCAUUAAAGCACAAUGCAUGUUUUUUAAGGACAAAACAAUGCUUUGCCCCAUGCACAAACCAAAGGGAAUCCACGAGCAAGAGUUGAGUUACUUUGCUGUCUUCAGGAGGGUCUAUGUACAACGUGAUGAGGUGCGACAGAUUGCUAGCAUUGUGCAGCGGGGAGAACGGGACCAUACCUUUCGUGUUGGAAGCCUCAUCUUCCACACCAUUGGUCAGCUGCUUCCACAACAGAUGCAAGCAUUCCACUCUCCUAAAGCACUCUUCCCAGUGGGAUAUGAAGCCAGCCGGUUAUAUUGGAGCACACGCUAUGCCAACCGGCGCUGCCGCUACCUGUGCUCCAUUGAGGAGAAAGAUGGGCGGCCAGUAUUUGUCAUCAAGAUUGUAGAGCAAGGCCAUGAAGACCUGGUCUUAAGUGAUUCAUCGCCUAAAGAUGUUUGGGAUAAAAUUUUGGAGCCUGUGGCAUGUGUGAGGAAGAACUCUGAAAUGCUGCAGCUUUUCCCUGCGUAUCUGAGAGGAGAGGACUUGUUUGGCUUGACUGUCUCUGCAGUGGCACGGAUAGCAGAAUCACUACCUGGGGUUGAAGCAUGUGAAAACUACACCUUCCGGUAUGGCCGAAAUCCUCUCAUGGAGCUACCCCUUGCUGUUAACCCCACAGGUUGUGCUCGUUCUGAACCUAAAAUGAGCGCCCAUGUCAAGAGGUUUGUGUUAAGGCCUCAUACCCUGAAUAGCACCAGCACCUCAAAGUCAUUUCAGAGCACAGUCACUGGAGAGCUGAACGCACCCUACAGUAAGCAGUUUGUCCACUCCAAGUCAUCACAAUACCGGAGAAUGAAGACUGAAUGGAAAUCUAAUGUAUAUCUGGCCCGGUCUAGGAUCCAGGGACUGGGCCUGUAUGCUGCUAGAGACAUUGAAAAACACACCAUGGUCAUUGAGUACAUUGGAACGAUUAUUCGAAAUGAAGUUGCCAACAGGAAAGAGAAGCUUUAUGAGUCCCAGAACCGAGGUGUGUACAUGUUCCGCAUGGACAAUGACCACGUGAUUGAUGCUACACUCACAGGAGGGCCUGCAAGAUAUAUUAACCAUUCAUGCGCCCCUAACUGUGUGGCUGAAGUAGUGACCUUUGAGAGAGGACAUAAGAUUAUCAUCAGCUCCAACAGAAGAAUCCAGAAAGGAGAAGAGCUCUGCUAUGAUUAUAAGUUUGACUUUGAAGAUGACCAGCACAAGAUUCCAUGUCACUGUGGAGCGGUGAAUUGCCGGAAGUGGAUGAACUGAAUGCAUUCCUUGCUAUCUCAGCGGGCGGCUCGUCCCUAGGAAGAGGCGACUCAACACUUCAUUGGAUUUUACAGACAGAAAGAUAUUUUUGUUUUCUGACUUUUUGAAAAACAGCUUCUGGAAGCUCUGGUUCCUCGGCCUUUGUCUGAAGGAAGCACAGCACGGAGGGAGCCAGCUGAGGCUGCCUUGCUGUGCACUGAGG